AUGGCAGAGAGCAGUGUCUCUUAUCUAGUACAGAAGCUGUAUGACUUGGUUUCACAAGAAGCCUCUCUAUUCGGGGCAGUAGAAGGGGAGGUGAGGCAGCUUCGUGACGAGCUGGAGUGGAUCCGACUCUCCCUGGAAUAUGCAGAUGAAAAGCGCAGAUACGAUAAAAGGUUCAAGCUGUGGGUGAAUCAGGUCAGAGAUGCGGCUUUUGAUGCUGAGGAUGUCAUUGAUGAAUUCAUGUUCAAGGUGGAACGCAAACGGCAGCAGACACUCAAUAAUCUCAAGUUCCUCAAAUUCUUACCCGCAUGCCUGGGCCUAGUUGACAAGUUACUGCUGGCACAUGAGCUCAGCGAUCGUAUAACAGAAAUCAAUACCAAACUUGAGAAGAUUUUGGUUAAUAGGAAGAGGUACAGCAUCGAAUAUCCCACAGCUUCUGAAGCUGGGAGUUCUUCUGAACCUUGGAGCUACUCCAAUCAAAUGGUGGCCGCCAGGAAAGAGAAGAGGCUCCCCACUGUUGAAGAAACCGGCGUAGUGGGGAUGAAAAAUGAUGUGGAAGCUGUAAAGGAAAAGCUGUUAGAGGGAGCGAUGGAGAGAGUAGUGGUGGCCAUCUGGGGGAUGGGUGGCCUUGGCAAAACAACUCUUGCUAAGAAAGUUUACAACCACAGUGAUGUUCAGAACCACUUUAGCUGUCGUGCUUUGGUGUAUGUAUCUCAAGAGUAUACAAUCCGGGAGCUUCUUAUGGGGAUACCCGCAUGCAUUCUCCGCCAGAGAGACGAAACUGAAAUUAGUAAUAUGGUUGAGAAUGAGUUGGGAAAGAAGGUUUCCGAUUACCUCAAGGAUAAAAGGAAUUUGAUAGUGUUGGAUGAUGUAUGGAACACCGAUGUUUGGCACAGGUUGAGCCCAUAUUUUCCUGCGGAAUUAAAUAAGAGCAGAGUGUUUAUCACUACUCGCAGAGAAGAUAUUGCUGUGGAUGCUCAUUCAGAUUGCUAUAAACUUCAACUUUUGGGUGAGGAUGAAAGCUGGGAGCUGUUUCUCAACAAAGUAGGGAGUGCAGCAGAACUGACAUGGCCAGGUCGUGGUGCUCGGAGGACUUCUAUCACUGAAAGAUUCGACACAACACUCAUGUCAGAAGUGCUUAAAAGCAUGGAUUGGCAUCUAAGUCAAGGUCCCGACUCCUGUUUGGGAAUUCUUGCACUGAGCUAUAACGACUUACCCUCUUACUUGAAGCCCUGCUUUCUUUACUGUGGGGUUUUUCCGGAGGACUCAGAAAUCAAAGCAAAGAGGCAUGAUUCAGGUGGCCGAUACGAAUGCAUGGGAGAGGUUGAGCUUGGCAGGAAUGUUCGUGAGUAUCUGAAAGAGAAGAAGUACUUGGUUACUAUGGAUGAUGUGGAGAUGCCCUUGACAGUGCCAAAGCGGUUAACAAUCCCUAUAGUUGAGGGGGAAAAUGGUCCCCGGGCAUAUGCUGUAGCCAGUGCUUCAUUGGCUCUUGUUCUUCUUGCAUUUUUGUGGAAUUCCUAA